AUGGAAGCUAAGCUCGCCGUGGCAUGGCUGCUUAGUUUGGGGAAAAGUCUCUUUGCCACUCCAGCAUAUUCACUGCCUCAGUACCCUGCACACUGGGCCCUGCCGUCUCAGACGUCGGACGGUAUGGCGAUCGGUGAGAGGCGAUCAAAUCUCAGGUUGCUCAGGACGUUAUUGAUUCUGGACCAAGGCGACACACGCACGACUCGCCAUGGAGACUGUCUCAGACUGUGCACUUACAACGCUAGAACAGUUUCCACAGACGCCGACCUGCAUGCCCUUCUCGGAGCUGCAGAGCGUAUCAAAUUUCACGUGAAUGCUCUGCAAGCGACGUACGACAGAUGA